AAAACCGAUGCUAUCAUGGCCGAUAGCACAGAUCCAGGCAGGCAUAAGGAUCCAACCAUAGAUGCCGGCGCCAGCAUGGAUGUGGGUAAGGACGUGCCCCCAAUACCAGCUGUUCGACGUCGCCAUGCGCAUGAGCAGAAAUCCACUGAGCAUGUCGAGCAGCAGGAGGAGGCAUCGGAAACCAAACAGCUGGAGACGUCCACUGUGACGCGCACGUAUAUGAAGACCAUUACCACGUCACUGACCACCACCAGCAGUGCCGGCGAUCUACAAUUGGAGACGCCGCCGCAACGUUUGCGCCAAAAGGUGGCCCAAUAUGAGAAGGUGUGGUCCGAUGGCACUGGCAAGCGUCCAGCCGAGCUGGGCACGGACGAACUGCGUCAGCAGCAAACAGACGAUUACGACGAGGAGAAUCCUUUCGAUAUUGAUGUGCAUGAAAUAGAGCGACGUUUGCGUGAGGAGCGACAACGCGGCCUGGCCGAAGCGGAGGCAGCCAAGCUGGCCUUUCAGCAGGUGCAUCUGCGUCACACGACCCCACGGCGCGUCGAAGUGACCAGCGAGCACACGGCCAGUCCGUUCAAUGUCACCUUGAAGACCACCAGCCGCAUAAGUCCUGGCGCUGAGCUGGGCAAUGUGGAGGAUCAGCUGUCGCCUUUCAAUGUCACUUUACGCACCACUCGACGCACUGUAAAAAAGGAUUUGUCACGCCAAAUGGAACUGGAACGUUUCUUGGAUGGCGAGCGCACGGUGCGCGAAGUGCAGUCGGCGGACGGUGUGCGCACCAUCAUUACCUCUUCGAGGACCAGUGACGGUGGCUAUGCCGAGGAGAAAAUCUAUCGUCAUGGCGAGGGCUAUGUCUCGCCCCGAGAUUCACCCUCCUGGUCGCGCUCCAGCGUGUCCAGCGAGCGUUCGAGUGUCACUUCGCCACAUAGCGUCGAUAUGACCGCUGGUGGCAGACGUAUAUUAAUCAAGUUGGAGGAUGAGCCGGAGUCGCCGCUAGCCGGUGGUGAACAUGGCGAGCAACCCGAUGAAACUGACGGUUCGGUCCGCGCACGCAUUCGUCAAUUUGGUGGGCAGGACGAGGAUGCUAUGGCAACGGGUAACAUUGACAUUACCGUGGGUAGCAACCCACGCAGGCGUCAGCGUUUAUACCAACAAACAACGUAUCAAAUGGGUGGCAACGAGACGCCACAACAACACCAGGAGCAACAGCAACAACAGCAACGGGCAACGCGUCCCAGCGAACUGUCAUGGCAAACGGGAAAAUCAACAACAAAAACAUUGCUAACAUCCACACCGAUUGGCACGAAGGAGCAACCGCAAACAGUAACGCCGGACGAGGUGUUUAGUCCAGCUGCAACGUGCCAAUUGCGCGGUUCUUCAACGGAAGAAUCCCGAAAAAUUGUUAGCCACAAAACGAUAACCAGCACAACGACAACGACCACACAAUCCGAACGGUCCGAACGGUCCGAGCGGUCCUCAACGUCCUCAACGUCGCGUAAAUCAAUCGGUUUUGUUGACUCGAAUGCGAGUCCGAGUAACGCUGGCAAUAUCUCGUUUACCGCCUCGCAGAUACGCAUCAGCGACGACGCGAACGCGAACGCGGACGUCAUCGAUAACGAUUCCGAUACUGAGGGCGUGCCGGCCAGCAGUCUUGUGAUUGUGUCCACGCCCACGCGCUCAACAACGCCCUCGUCGGCGCAUGCAUUGAGCGGCAUUGGUACUUUUAGCAAGAGUCUGCGUCAGGAUUAUCAGACUCAAGCGCAACAAAGUAACCGCAGCACCCACACCCACACCAACGAACCCGAACACGAAUACCAGGAGUUCCAAUCCACCAUGGCGUCGAUCAAUUUCGCACGCAGCAAUUCCCAGUACGACAGCCACAUCAAGGAGAAACGAGAGGAGCAAGAACGUGUGCAGAAGAAGACAUUCACUAAUUGGAUUAAUUCAUACCUAUCGAAGCGUGUUCCACCGCUUCGUAUUGAUGAUUUAAUCAAUGAUUUACGUGAUGGCACAAAACUCAUCGCACUGCUCGAAGUGCUGUCCGGCGAACGUUUGCCCGUGGAGAAGGGCCGCGUCCUGAGACGUCCACAUUUCCUUAGCAAUGCGAAUACGGCCUUGCAAUUCUUAGCCAGCAAGCGCAUCAAAUUGGUCAAUAUUAAUCCCGCAGAUCUGGUGGAUGGGAGACCACCAGUUGUGUUGGGUCUGAUAUGGACGAUCAUAUUGUACUUCCAGAUCGAGGAGAAUAGCCGCAACCUAGAAUAUUUGGGUCAUGGUAUUGGCGGUUCGGUUAGCUCACUCGACAGUGUUGGCAAUCAUAAGGCUGGCGGUGAUCUGAGAGCUGAGAAGUGGAAGCAAGGUGCCAAGAAAACGCUACUCAAUUGGGUAACAAACGCCUUGCCAAAAGACAGUGGUGUAGAGGUUAAGGAUUUCGGCGCUAGCUGGAGAGAUGGCGUCGCUUUCCUCGCACUUAUCGAUGCAAUUAAAGCGAAUCUGGUUAAUUUAGCUGAGCUAAAGAAGACCAGCAAUCGUCAGCGUUUGGAAACGGCUUUCGAUGUGGCCGAAAGCAAAUUGGGCAUUGCCAAAAUAUUAGACGCUGAGGAUGUGGACGUACCCAAACCGGACGAGAAGAGUAUAAUGACAUAUGUGGCGCAAUUCUUGCACAAGUAUCCUGAACCAAAGGGUGCAUCCCGCGACGAGUCGCAUGUGCAACAAGAAGUGGAUGAAUUGCGUCGUUUCCUAUUGGAAAAGACCACCGAAUAUGAGCCGAUGGUCAUGAUGAGUUCGUUCCCACGUGAUUUCAGUGAAUAUCUGCUAGCGCGUUCUGAAGUCGACGCACACUUGCCUGCCUACAACCGGCUCAAGCAACUGAUCGAGAGUCAGAGCGGUUUUCUGCAGGUCUCACGUCAGUCGUGGGAUGAAAUUAACGAGCUGUGGCAGCGUCUACAAUACCAGAUGAUGUACUGGCUCUGGCUAUUGGACGCCGAGCUGCCCGGCGAUUUUGGUGCUGUGGGCAAAUGGCUGGCCGAGGCCGAGAAAUUGCUCAUGGACAACGAUAUACCCAAUGCGAUGAAUGAGGAAACAGCCGCUGUGAUCAGUAGAAAGCUGGAGGAGCACAAGCUGUUCUUUGCCAAUCUGCCACGCAUUGUGGCCAUGUUCGACAAUGUCAAGCGCUCGCCGCUGGCCCAACAGGUGCCACUCGAGCAGCUGCGCAACAUGGAACGACGUCUGCAGGAAGUGGGCCCCAAGGCCGCCGAGCGCAGAAUCCGUUUGAAAUUCCUCGAGCACAAGUGUUGCCUGAUUGCCUUCCUCAAUUUGGUGGAGAAUAAAAUGCGUGCCUGGACCGGCAAGUACGGGCACGAGGAGAAGGUCGCUCAACAGCUGGAACAGUAUAAGAACUUUGUCUCACGCAACAAGAUAUUCCAGGAGUUCCAGAAGGCCUUCGUCGAUAUGCAACAAGUGGUCGAGGAGUACAAGCGUGAGGGCAAUGUUGCCCGCAAGGACAUCAAUGAGAUUGAUCGCUUCAUGUAUGAAACCGAGGAGCGCUGGAAGCGUGUCUCCAUGGAGCUAAAAUGCUGUCAAAAUUCCCUCGAGGAAGUUGUGAAUUGCUGGCGCAACUGGAAUCAAUUGGCGCCCAGCUGCGAGGAAUGGCUGCUGCUGGCCGAACAGAAGCUGAAUCAGAGCGAAGACGAUCGCUUGGAAUUCUUCCAGGAUAUAACCGUGUGGAAGGAUAAAUUCGAUGCUUUGGCCAAUGCCGCAAACUAUUUGAUUGCCUCCUGUGACGAGCCCAUCGCCCAGCAGCUGCGUCAACGCCAUGGCGCCCUAGCUGAGCGCUUCGAGCGUCUGUUCGCCAACACCAAGCAGUAUAUGCAUGCUGGCGAUAUCAUACGCUCUCGCCAGGAGUACAAAUCUGGCAUUGAGAAGCUCUCCAAGUGGCUGCGCGGCGCCGAGAGCGUGCUGGACCAGCGUCAGGUGCUGGGCAAUAGCGAGCAAAUACGCCGCUAUGGCGAGCAGCUGCAGCAGCUGGCCAGCGAAAUCGAUGACAACGAGGAGCUGUUUAAGACCAUCAGCCGCACCUUCCAGUCGCUUAUACAGGAUCUGUCCCGCGACGAGGUCGAUAAAAUGAUGAAGCUGCUCAAGCAGGAGAAGGAAUCGCUGGUGCGCAUACGCGCCCAAAUGCCUGCCAAGCUGCAUCUGUUCCAUCAGCUGCAGAUCCAGCAGGAAUCGCUGGAGGCGGGCCAAAAGGAAAUCCAUCAAUGGCUAAACGAAGCCGAACAGCUGCUGGGCACACACAACCUAGCCGGCGGACGUGAGUCCAUCAAUGAGCAGCUGCACAAGCACAAGACCUACUUCUCGCGCACCGUCUACUAUCGCUCCAUGCUGGAGAGCAAGAACAAAGUGUUCCAGAAUUUGGUUAAGGCUGUCUCAGCCGAUGAUAAAAUCGAUACGGCCCCAGCUGCGCAGCAGAUGCAGCAGCUGAACGAACGCUUCAACUAUGUCAUCCAGAAUGCGGGCAAAUGGGAGCAGCGCUUGGACGAUGCGGCCGGUGGCUGGAUCAACUUCAAGGAUAACGAACGUGUGGUCAAUGAAUGGCUAACACAGGCCGAGUCGAUGCUUGUGGAGAAGCACAUUGAGUCCAAGACAACAAUUGAAACGCAAAAAUAUUUCUUCGAGCAAGUCAACGAUCGCUGGAUGAAUGAUCUGGUGCAAUCGGCCCAGCAGCUAUUGAGCACAAUACCCAGCCAGGAGCAACCGGCUGUGGUGCAAAGCGUCGAGCAGCUGCAGUCACGCUGGAAGAAUGUGCUUGCCCAGGCGCCAUUGCAUCUGCUCAAGCUGGAGUUCCGUCUCGAUGAGAAUGCGUUCUAUCAAUCACUGAAGGAUGUCGAAAAGGAGCUGCAGCUGGAGCAGCAGGCUCUCAAUCGCAACGAGGAUGUCGACUCCAUCUUGCAACGUAAUCAGCAAUUCUUGGUGCAACAGGACGCUGUGCCACGCUUGGAGAAAUGCCUGCAGAAUAUGCAGCGCUUGGCACAGGCGCACAGGCAACAGCAGCCCGGCGACAUUAGCCUGGAUCAGGCCUACGAUAAUGCUAAGGCCCAGUGGCAAGUGAUGUCCAAUAAAUUGGCUAAUAUGCGCCAGACAUUGCAGCAAAUACCAGCCCAAUGGCAGGGCUAUCAUCUGAAGUUCAACGAGAUGAUCAACUGGAUGAACAGCGUUGAUCAGAGCCUUAAGAACAUCGUCAAUGAGGUCAACACCAUGGAGGAGUUUGAAAAGGAGAAGGUCGUUUUCCAGAAAAUCUGCCAGGAUGCAGAUAACAAACGUGAGGACAUGAAAUGGCUGGUCAAAACGCUGGAUUCACUGCUCAGCUAUGCCACCGAAGAUGAGGCCAAUGUGGAGCAAAAGAAACUGGAAGAUCUGAUUGCACGCUACAAGAACCUAAUACCCACCAUUGAGAUAACAAUGGUCAAGACCGAGGUGUUCUCCAAAUGUUAUACAUAUCGUCGCGAGGUGCACGAGGUUGUUUGCCUGUUGACCAAGGUCAAGGAUCAAACGGCCAAUAUCCCAGCGCCCGAAAGCUUGGACCGCGUCAAUCGCCUCAUCGAGGAGCAACAAUAUGCCAUCAAUCAGCUCGAUCAUCAGCGGCCACACAUCAUGUCCAUGCUGCAGCGCGGACGUGAUCUCAGCAAGGAUGUACAUGCGCCGGCGUUUGUCAAUGCCGAAGUCAAGAAUCUGGAGACCGGCUGGAAUCAAGCCUAUACCGAAACCUCAGAUAAGCUACAAGCACUGAAGGGCACUCAGGCAGUGUGGAGCGAUUUUGUUGAUCAAAAGAACGAUAUCUUCUCCAUGCUGCAAACAGCUGAGACAGAGCUGCGCGCCUUGACCCCACUCCAGACAGAUCCCAAGAAUGUUAGCCAGGAUCUGAAGUCGAAGCGCGAUCUGAAUGUGCAGCUGCAGCAGGCAUCCCAUCAAUUGUUGCCGAAGCUGCAUGCCCUCAAAUCGGAGCUGGCACCGCUAGCUGCCGCCGAUAAGCGUCCCUUACUCGAGAAGGAAGUGACUGAGGUGGAGAAGAUGUUCUUCAAUACCAUGGAGCAUGUGAAAGAUCGUGUCGGCUACUUGGAGGACUACAGUGCCAAGUGGAACAACUACAAGACGCGUCUAGCUGAGCUGCAAGAGUGGGCCAACAAGGUGGCGCCCAAGAACAUUGAAGCCUUACAAUCUGAGGACUUGACACCGGAGGAACGUGUCGUCAAGGUGCAGUCGUUCAAGCGAGUGCUGGGCGAGCGCAUGAAACAGCUGGAUCUACUGGCCGCUGAUGCAUCGGAGCUGGCACCCAAAGAGGGCAACGUUGCCGAGGCCAAGCGUCUCAAGGGCGAAAUCUCCAAACUGCAAGAGGUGCUCAGUGCGAUCAAUCGCAAUGUGGAUCAUCAGUCGCAGGCCGUGCAGGAGGAUCUGGUCAACUGGCAGCAAUUCCAGGCCGGACUGCAGCAAAUCAAGCCCGCCGUGGAGCAAAGCGAAGUCAAGGUAAAUAAUAUAGUUCCUAAACCUAUAACACUUGAUGAAGCCGUUGCCAUGCAACAAAAUGCCAAACAAUUCGAAACACAAUGCCUGGAGCAAUUGGACAAACUCCAUGGCAUAUCAAACAUCAGUCAUAAAAUGUUAUGCAAAACCAAUGCCCCCGAUGAGUUAGAUGCCAUGCACUCCCGCUGGACGGCGGUCCAUGAAAACGCGAAACAGGCGAGCGCCAAGCUCGAAAAGCUCGUUGCCAAUUGGAAAUCCUUCGAUGGCGAUGCAGCCAAAUUGGAGGAUUGGAUCGAUCAGGGUGCACAGCAGAUGGGUAAGCGUCCAGCUGUGCUAAAUACUCCCCACAUUGACAAGCUCGAAAAGGAGCUGGUCAAGCUAAAGUCCUUCAACAACGAGAUUUCGCAGCAGCAGGCCAAAUUGGUCGCUCUUGGCCAAAAUGCCGAUCAAAUUAGCUUGCAUUUGGCGCCAGAGGGCGCUGUGGCUGUCAAGGAUCGCGUCAACAAUAUGAAGGGUAAAUUGCAGAAGCUUUCAGAGGCCACACGCGGCAACAUCAAUGAGGUUUCCGAUGCCAUCAUUUCGCGUCAAGACUUCAAUGCUAAAUUGGUCAACUUCUCCAACUGGAUGGAGCAAUUGCGCAAUCAGGUUACCCAAGUUGAGGAAAUCAAUCCGGAACGUGUUGAGACCAGCUUGCAUGUCAUCCAUGCCUUGCUGCAGGAGCAUGCCGACAAGAAGCCCAGCUUCAAUGCCAUCUAUGAUGAAGUGAAGCAACUGGCGCUAGGCGCUACGCCCGAAGAAUCGAAUGCACUCAACGAUGCGUACACCGCUCUUGUGGUCAACUACCAGAACUUGGAAUCAAAUAUGCUGCAAAAGAAGGCCGCAUUGGAGAAAUGGACCGAGCUUUUGGGCUGGAAACAUGACACUGAAUCGCACUUGAACUAUUUGAAGCAUCAGUUAGAAAAGCCGGAAGGACCCGCUGUCGAAGAGCUAAAGAAAGCCAUCGACGAAAUCGAUCAUCUGGGCCAGGGUCUGAGCUACUGGAAGGGUCAAGCCAAGGAAAUCGACGAGAAUCCAGCUAUACAACUGCGCGAUGCGCUCUCUCGCCGACCGCUGAUUGCCACGCAGAUUGUGAAUGAUGUGGAAAACAAGUUGGAAAACUUGAAACUGCGUUCGCAGAAUCAACAGCAACAACUGCAGCAGAUGACUGUGCGCAAGGACAAGUUCCACGCACUGGAACACAACUUUGGCCAGGCGUUGCAGGAGAAUCGUGCCAAGCUUGAGCAAAUCCUUAAGCAGCAUCCCAAUUUGAACAACAUAGAUCAAAUCAUUGCCGAUCUUGUGGCGCUGAAUGAUGCGCUCAAAUAUCAGGCAGAUCUGAAGGAUCGCAUACACGACGAGGGCUCGCUGCUGAUGCGUGAGGAUAUUGCCAGCAUGCCGGCCAUACAGGAGAGUCUCUUGGUUCUGGAUAAGAACUACGACUCGCUGCAAAAUGAAAUAGCUGAUCGCAUACAAAAGUAUAAUCUCAUUAGCCAGGCCUUGCGAGAGUACGCCGAGUCCAAGGAUAGGUUCUCCAAGGAACUAAAGAAGGCGGAAGAUUUGUUCAAUGCCAUACCGCAGCAGCCCGGCGAUGAAACCGCGCUGCAUCAGGCGUCUGAGAAGACGCGCAAGACCAUGGAGCAGCUGCGCAAGUCCAAGAUGAAUCUCGAUGAGCUCGAACGGCGCGGCAACAAUGUGGCGAAACUAUUUACAGCCAUUGGUGAGCCGGUGCCCCAAGAGGUGCAGCAAGAAGUUGCCGCUGCCAAGCAGCAAUGGCAGGACCUGCACGAUAGGACGGCCAAAAAUGCGCAUGUCUACGAGACAGAAGCUGUGAUUUGGUCACAAAUCGAAGAUGCCAAAAAGGACCUGCUACCCUGGCUCUCGGAGACCAAUCAGGGUCUUUGCGAUGCUGCCGACAAUUCAAUUGAAAUCGAAUUUGGACCGAUGCGCUUGACCAAAUAUCGCAACGAAUUGCCAUCGUAUCAAGCCCUAAAGGACACAAUUCUUGAGAAAACCAACGAUUUGAUCAAAAUUAACAACGGCGCACAGAUACCCGCGCUUAGUGCACUCAAUCAGCUGCUGGGCGAGCAGUUCGCCGAGGUGAGCAACAAUGCAGAGCGCCUGAGCGCGGUCACCACAUCCUUUGCCGAUCAGGAACAGGAGCUGCGCCGACGCACCAAGGUCGCCGGCGAGCAGGUGAGCAAGCUGCGCGAACAGCUGAUCAAAUGCGAUGAUAUGUCCGGCGAUAACAACAAGAUCAUGGAGCGCUUGCUGCAGUGCCGCGCUCUGCGCGCCCAACUGGAUCAAAGCGGCAACGAAAUCGAAAAUAUCAAACAAAAUGUGGAUGAACUGCGUAAUUUGUAUCCGACAUUCAAUGAGUCCAUCAUACCCAAGGAGCUGAAUAAUGUGCAGAAGCGCUACGAGGGCGUCGAUCUCUAUGCCAAGAAGAUCGAGAGCUCUCUGCUGCAGUUCCUCAAGAAGUUCCAUGCCGAUAAGGUGGGCAUGCUGAAGCGGCUCAUUGCCACGCAGCGCGAGAAGGUUGCUUGGUGUCAGCCCGAGUCGACCAGCGACAAGUAUAAUCUGGAUGUGAAGAAGUCUUCGUUGCAAGAGGUCAGCAAGAGCAUUGACGACUGCAAGGCGCGUCAUGCUGAAACGCUGCGAUCUCUGGAAAUGCUGAAGGCCGUGGAAACUCCACAGAAUUUGGUCGAACUGAACAGCGAUGCUGAGCUGAUGGGCAAGGAAAUGCAGGCGCUGCAGGAUAGCUUUGAUCGCAUCAGGGGCAUACUGGAUGAGAAUGUGGAUCUCUGGUCGCAGUACGAGCAGUCGAAUGAGCAAAUCUCCAACUGGCUGCGUGACGUGGAAGGUCGCGUUAAGGCGGAGACCAGCAGCCAGGUGAAUCUGCCGGAGGUGCCACAGAAAUUGCAAGAGCUGGCCGUACUGCAGCAGGACGUGCUCUCCCAUGAGCCAAUCAUCAGCAAUUUGGAGCAAACAUCACAGCAGCUGAUUGAAAAGAAUCCGGAGGCGCGCAUUGGACAGUUCGUUACGCAUCUGGUGCAGCGUUACCAAACCGUGGCCAAGAGCCUUGCCGGACACAUUGAUAAGACACGCACCGCUCAGCUGUCAAAUGCCAACUUCGCCAAGGCAUCGAAAGACUUUAACGAAUGGUUUGGCGAUGCCAAGAUUGAAUUCCAGGAAUUGGCACGCAUGGGCUCGCCGGGCUCUUCCUCAGCGACGGCUCAACAAUUGCAGACCAUCAAGAACUAUCUGAAGACCUUCGACAAUGGCCAACAAUUGCUAAACAAUGCCGUCGACAUUGGUGAAGGUCUCUAUCCAGUGGUCUCGCCUGAGAAUCGGGAGCGCAUUCGCGCCGAUCUACGUCAAAUGCGCGAGAAAUAUGACUAUUUGCGCGAUGAGGCCAAUGCGUUGAUGCAACAGGUCGAGGGCGUGCUCAUACAGAAGACCUCCAUUGAAGAGAGCUAUACUCAGGUGUCGCACUACCUGAACGAAUCCAAGGCCAAGGUAACUGCUGCCGACGAACUCUAUCCCACACUGGCAGCCAAGAAGGCAGCGCUUCAGAAUUAUAAGACACAAUUGCAGGAGAUCACACUGCAUAAGAACGCUCUCAAGCAGCUGCACGAUAAGGCAGUCACACUUUGCGACGACGAAUCCGAGCGCAAAACGGACGAGUCCAUACAGGAAUAUAAUACACUAUCCAAGAGGAUUUCGGAUCGCAUCAGCACCGUCGGCAACCAGGUGGCCCAGCACGAAGCCUAUGAUCAGGUGCUGGAGAAGGCGCAAGACUGGCUAAACACCAUCAAAUCGGAGGCAAUCGAUAUUUUGAAUGAAACCACGUUCGAGAAGGAGGGCGCCGAAGAGAAACUAAUUGUCGUUGAGAAUUUGCUGCAGCACAAGCCCGAGGGAGAUUCCAUAUUCGAGACAUGCCACAGGCUGCUGCAGACAGUGCUAAACCAAACCCAUCCCAAUGGCCAUCCGGCGUUGUUAAAGGGAUUCGAGGAGCCGAAGAAUGCAUGGGAAGAGUUCAUGGCCCUCUGCCAGGAUUCGCAAGUGAAGCUCAAGCAGCUCUGCUCCAAGUGGGAUGAGUUUGACUCAAUAAUCGAGGAGCUCGAUAACUGGAUGAAGAAUGUCGAAGCUGUGGUAAAGAAUCAAAGCCUAAAGAGCACUGCCGAAGCUAAGAACGCCCAUCUGAAGCAGCUACAAGAUAGUGCCAAGGACAUUGAACGUCGUGGCGUAGCCAUAAAUCAACUCAUGGAUCAGGGACGGGAAAUCGAAGGAGAAACCGAUCUGAAUUUGAAACUUUCCCGUCUAAAUACACGCUAUCAGACACUGAAGAAUCUGUGCAAGGAAUCGAUUGCCAAGUACAUCAACUACGUCAAGGAUCACGACAGCUUUGACGCCGACUACGAUCAAUUUAAGCAGGACUUGCAAAACUGCGCCAACGAGCUGGCGAAGACAAAUGAAAUUGUUGGCGAUCAGAGCGUACUGCAAGAGCAGCAAAACAAAUUGCGUGAGAUGUCGGACAAGCGCAUUGUAGACUCCACUGUCUUCGAGAGUCUGAUUGAUCGCGGCGAGAAGCUCUACGGCCACACAAGUCCAGAGGGUCGUGAGAUAAUACGUCAACAGCUGCGCUCCCUGCGCACCCUGUGGGACAACUAUACGGACGAUCUGAACUCGGCUACGCAUAAGAUCGAUCAGUGUCUGCUGCAAUUCAAUGAGUUUACCAUAGCUCAAGAUCAGCUGACCAAGUGGCUCAAGGAUGUGGACAAGGCCAUGCAGAGCCACACGGAACCGAAAACCACGCUCCAAGAGAAACGCGCUCAGUUGCAGAACCACAAGCUGUUGCAUCAGGAGAUCACCACGCAUAAUGUGCUCGUGGAUAACGUCUGUGACAAGGCGCAAAUCCUAGUCGAUCAAAUCAAGGACAACUCGUUGAACAUUUAUCUGCAGUCAAUCAAGCAACUCUUCCAGAAUAUUGUGCAAAAGUCCGACGAAAUACUGCAGAAUCUGGAGAGCUGCGUGCAGAAGCACAGCGAGCUAAAUAAUGCCUUGAGUUCGGCCAAGACUUGGAUCUCGAAUGAGAAGGCCAAACUGCUCGAGUGCGACGAUUCCUACGGUGAAAAGGCCGAUAUAAAGCGUAAGAUUGAAACGCUGGGACAAUUGGCUCAAAACAAAGCGCAGGCCGUGAAUCUAGUAAGCGAAAUUCGUGCACAGUUCGAGACGGUUAAGCCCGCUACCUCGGAGAAGGGUGUUGAAGUGCUCGAGAAGGAAAUCGAUGAGCUGGAGACAACAAUGAAAAGUCACUUUGAUGACAUCGAAGGCAUCGAAGGCAAGCAAAAGGAUGUACUCUCGCAGUGGGAUAAAUUUGAGCGUAAUCUGGAAGAGCUCACUAAAUGGUGUCGCAAUGCGGAGGCUGUCUUCCGUGAGCAACAGCUGAAGUCAACGCUGCAUGAGAAGGUCGAGCAAAUGGACAAAUAUAAAAUACAGCGAGAGCUCAUACUGCAAAAGGAGAAGGAAAUCGAUGCCUUUGGCGAUACGGCGCACGCUUUGCUCAACAACUGCGGUGCAGAUCGCCUCAAGACGUUGACAACACAAAUCACAAAUCGUUAUCAACUGCUGCAGGUGUUGAGCAAAGAGGUGGUCAAUCGUUGGUCCAAUCUGGUUGACGAACAUCAGUUCUACCAGGACAAAUACACCGAGGUGGACCUGUGGCUGAAGCCGAUCGAGACGCAGCUGGAAAAAGCACUCAAGGACGAACCCACACAGAGCUCGAAUAUACUGCCCGUUUUGCUUUCCGAGAGGGAGCAGGCCGAGAGCUUAUUUGGAGCAUUGAAUGCUGCUGGCGAAAAGGCUCUGCCAGAGACAUCCACCCAGGGCAGAGAGAAGAUUCGCAAGGACUUGCGUGACAUACGCGAUCGUUGGGAUAAACUCGACGAAGGCAUUCGUAAUUUGGAGAAGCGUCAAGAGGCACAGUCCGUACAGCUAUCCAGCUAUCAAGAUAUACUAAGUCAAACGCUCAACUGGCUGGAUCAAGUGGAAAAGUUACUGCACAAUGAAAGCCCUGCCACCUGGACCAGUGCACAGGAAAUUCGUUCCAAACUCUACAAAUACAAGGCGACAAAUCAGGACAUCAAUUCGCACAAGCGCAUUGUGGAGGCUGUCAAUGAGAAGGCAGCAGCGCUACUGAGCAGCGCCGCCCCAGCCAAUGCUGAUGAGAUCGCCAAGUCUGUGACUGACAUUAAUAAGCGGUAUGAACAGGUUGGACAGGAUUGUGCGAAGCUAGUUGCCGAUCUCGAUGCCGCAUUCGAGGUGUAUCAGCAGUUCAGUGAGCUGCAGAAGGCACAGCAGGAUUAUCAGAAGAACCUAUGGGAUCGGUUGACCGGCUACUCUGACUAUUCGGGCAACAAGGCCGCGCUGCAGGCACGUCUACAGAAGAUCAAUGAAGUCCAGGAUGCACUGCCCGAGGGCGUUGCCAAGCUGAAAGCACUGGAGGAACACAUUGAGCAGCAUGCUGGCGGCAUACCAGCCCGUUCAAAGGAGGCAAUGACCCGUGACUUGGCCAAUUUGCAUGCCGAUUUCGAAAAGUUCGGUGGUUCGCUGAGCGAUGUGAAGAGCGGACUGGAGAAUCGUUUGCAGCAAUGGAAUGACUAUGAAGUCGAUUUGGAUCGCUUGAUUAAUUGGCUGGGCGAAGCUGAGAAUACGCUCAAGAACUACAAUCUGAAGAAUUCGUUUGAGGAAAAGGAAGAGCAGCUGAAUCGCUUCCAGUCAAUGACUCAGACUCUGCGCCAGAACGAAGCGGACUUCGAGAAAAUGAAGGACGACACCUCCGAGUUGGUGCAGAGCUCGGGCGAAACUCGAAUUGCUGUCAACGUGCAACAAGUGUCAUCACGUUUCCAGUCCAUACAAGCAACUGCCAAGGAAAUACUCAAGAAAUGCGAGCAAGCUGUUCAGGAUCAUGGCCAUUUCAACGAGAAGUACAAGCAAUGCGCCGAUUUGUUGGCCAACGCCCAGGCGCGCUACGAUGACUGCAGCGACCUGUCGACGGUGGCAUCGCGCGAUGAUCUGCUAAAGAAACAGCUGAUCAUACAGGAAUUGCUGGCACAACAGCCAACGGCCACUCAGCUGCUGAAUAGCACCGUCGAGCUGGGUGAGAAGUGUUAUAGCUCAACGGCUACGGAGGGACGUGAGGCCAUACGCAGCCAACUGAACGAUCUGACCUUUGAUCAGCUGUUUGACAAUAUUGCCAGCUCUGCUCGUAAGAUACAGGAUAAGAUUGCCAAGUGGUCUGGCUUCGAUGAGACUGCUGACAAUCUCAAGAGCUGGCUAGACAGCGUGGAGCAUGAAUUGCCAGCGGAUAUUGAGCUGAAGACCACGCUGGAUGAGAAGCGCAAUAAGCUGCAGGCCUAUCGCGAUGUGCUCAAUGAUAUAUCAAAUCAUCAGGUGGAAGUUGGCAAUCUGCAGGAGAUUGCAGCCAAUUUGCCAGAAAAAACUGAGCAUGUGGAUCAGAUCCUUAAGGAUAUCACAGAUCGUUUUGGUAAACUGCAAAAGCGCGCCCAAGGCUAUGUGGAGCGGUACGAGGGCAUUGUUAGUGCUCAUCAGCAAUACUCGAAGGCUGUCAUGGAUGCGCAGGAGUUCAUUGAUGCCACGCUGAAUACUGUGCACUACUGGGGCGAUCUUGAUUUGGAGCAAACCUCUCUGCAUACCAAUCUAGAUCGUCUGAAGAACUUGAAGGCCAGCCUGGCCGACGAGUUUCCACGCGUGGAUCAAGUGCGUGCACUGGGCGAGAAGGUGAUACCCGGCACCGUUGAUGUGGGUCAAGUGAAUAUCAAGUCCCAGAUCGAUACAACACAACAGGAAUGGGAAGGUCUACUGGCAGCCAUCAGUUCAACCAUCGAAGCCAUCGAAGCACGCCUGCAGCAGUGGUCCGAAUAUGAGCAACUGCGCGAUCAGUGCUUGGCCUGGAUACGUGACACCGACAAUGAAUUGCAUGCCAUUUUUCUUAAGGAGGAUCUGCCCAAGAAGCGUGCCCAAUUGGAUACGUUGAAGGCACUGCAAGGUGAUGUGCGCGCCAAGGAAUUGGAAGUUGAUAAUGUUACGGAGAAAGCGCAAACAUUGCUGAAGGGACCCAGCACAACGCGUUCGUCUGGCCCCGAAUUGGUAACCAAAUAUCAGCAAAUCUUCCACAAGGUCAAGGACUUGAAUAAUCGCUGGCAGCAGUACGUUAGCUCGCACGAGGACUUCGAUAACGCCAUCAGCGAGUGUGCAUCCUGGAUAAAUGGCAUUAAGGAGAAAUUGGACUACUGCUCGGACAUGUCAUCGAUGAGCCAAAAGGAACUGGAUAAGAAAUUGGCCACCAUACAGGAUGUGAUUCUGCUCAAGGACGAGGGCUCUGCGCGCGUGCUUAAGAUCUUAGAGCAGGCUCAACACGUGCUGGCAAACACAGCGCCCAAUGGCCACGAAGCCAUUAACAAGGAGCUCUCCGAGUUGCAAGAUCUUUGGUCCGGCAUUGCUCUGCGUAUUAUGGAUGUCAAGGCGAAUCUGGAUGAUUCCAUAACGCAAUGGUCUGGUUUCCUGGAUCAAGUGCAAAACGUGCGCAAGUUCAAUGAAUGGCUGGAUGCCUUGCUAAAGGAAUUGGGUGAGCAUCAGACGACAAUGACUGAGAAACGUGCACAGCUGGAUCGCGUCAAGUCCACGGAGGAGAAAGUGCGCGUGGAGAAAAUCGAUGUGGAUUCGCUGAAGAUUCAGGCUAAGGAAAUGAUUGCCAGCGGCCAACAGAGUCAAGCGGCGUUCCAGGCACAGAAAGUGCUCGACACGUUCGAUGAACUGUUUGCCAAGACACAGAAAUUGCUGUCGGAUCGUCAGGAUCAGUACAGAGAUCAUCGUCUAUUCAAGGAAGCCUACGACGAUCUAGUCAGCUGGAUAAGUCGCGCUCGUGAGAAAUUCCCAGCACUGAAGCAGAGUAGCCUCAGCGAUAAGCUGGCCAUUGAGAAUGCCGUGCAAGCCACCGAAGCUCUGCUCAACAAACAGGCGCAGGGCGAACUUCUGGUUGAGCAUUUGGUGCACACUGGCGAGGUGGUGCUGGCAAGUACAUCGACGCAGGGCCAAGAGAUCAUACGCAAUGAUAUACGCGCACUACGUGAUAGCUUCGAAAGUUUGUUCCGCGAGAUCAAUCAGCAGAAGGAGAACUUGGAAGUUACCAUGGUGCAAUGGCGCGCAUAUAAAGAGGAGUAUGAACGUCUCAUGGAGUGGCUACAACAGAUUGAUAUACUUGUCAAGAACCAUAAGCUAAACCUGUGUCCCAAUCUGCCCGACAAGGAGAAACAGGUGGCCGAUAUGCGUGAGGUAAUGUCUCGCCUGGAAAAGGGCAAGGACGACAUUGAUAAAUUUAAUGCCUCCGCUGCGGGUCUACUCAAAUCGCAUCUGGAUAGCUAUGUGAACAAUCAGCUCAGACACUUGGGCUCCAUGUAUCAGGUACAGGUUAACCUGGCCAAGGAUGUGCUGAAGAAGGUCGAAACCAAUCGCGAUCAGCAUCGCGAAUACGAUGCCAACAUGAAGUCGGCCAGGGAUUGGAUUUCGAAUGCCAAGCAAACGAUUCAAUCGGCUGGCGAUGGCGCUGGCUCCAAGGAGGCGCUGCAACGUCGCCUCGAGCAAAUACAGGACUUAAUACGCAAUCGCGAAUUUGGUCAGAAUCUGGUGCACACAGCCAUCAAUAAUGGUGAGAAGAUCAUACGGAAUACGCGCUCGGAUGGACGCGAUGCCAUUAACAGUGAAAUGAAGGAGUUGCAAACCGAUUGGGAUCGAUUGGUCAAGAAAAUGUCCACAGCCAAGGUGCAGCUGGAGACAAAUCUCUUGCAAUGGGCUGACUACAGCUCCAGCUAUACGCAGUUGCAGCAAUGGAUUACCGACAGAGAGGCCAAGCUGCAACAGGCGUGCGAGCAGAAGAUCAUCAAAUCCCAGCGUGGACAACCCGGUCUCAGCAGUGGCCUGAGCGAACGCAAGGCUAAUUUGCGCCAAACGAACAACAUUGUCCAGGACAUUGUCUCAUUUGAGCCCAUGAUACAAUCGGUGACCUCGAAGGCCUCCGACUUGCAGCAGGGUGCACCGGCUACGGAAAUUUCCGAUAAGUACGAAAAUCUGACCAAGCAGGCCAAGGAUCUGUAUGCCAAACAGAAGAACACCAUCGAUAGCUACCAGGCGCUGAUCGAUGCUGGCAACGACUUUGCCACCUGGCUGCGAAAUGCCAAGGAGAGACUGAGCAAGUGCUCUGAGCCAACGGGCGAUAAGCAAGCGUUGGCUGAGAAGACGCAUCAGCUCAAGAUACUGCAAGGUGAAGUUCCCGAGGGCUCAGCGAAGCUACAAAAUGCUUUGGCCCAGGGCGAGAUCGCUUGUCGCACAGCAGAGCCCGAGGAUUGCGCGAUCAUUGAACAGGAAGUCGCUCUCCUACAGGAGGAGUUCGAUGUCUAUGUGGACGCGCUCGACAAGGCCAAGGUUUACCUGGAGGUCGGCAUCGUCAAGUGGUCUGACUACCAAGAUCAGUACACCGAGGCGCUCGAAUGGUUGACCCAGACUGAGGCGCAGGUGCAGUCCUACAACAAGCUGCAGGACAGCCUGACCCAAAAGAAGGUGGUGCUGGAGCAGUUCCAAGGACUACUGCAAACCCUGUUCGAUUGGCAAAAGACACUGGACAAUUUGAACAUGAAGGCCCAAGUUCUGCUCGAGACCUGCUCCGAUACACGCAUCAGCAAUGGCAUUAUGCAGUUGACCACCAAAUACAACGCGCUGCUCACAUUGGCCAAGGAGGUAAUGCGACGCCUGGAGCUGCACUACCAGGAACAUCAGCAGCAUCACACACUGUACGAGGAAUGCCAGUCGUGGAUCGAAAACACACGCGAAAAGCUGGCUGAGUGCGAACAAAUACCCGGCACGCUGAACGAGGUGCAAAUCAAAUUGAAUACGGUUAAGAACUUGCGACAGGGCUUCGAAACGGGACAGAACAAGCUGCGCUAUUUGCUGGAGCUGAAGGAGAAGGUUAUUAUGAAUACCGAACAGAAUGGCGCUGCCAAGAUUCAAGAGGAUACCGAAUCACUCAAGCAGGACUUCGAUAAGCUGCUUGUCGAUCUGAACGAUGUGCGCCAGAAAUUGGCGAAUCGCUUGUCCCAGCUGGAGGAGAUCUUCAAGCUGUACAAGAUACUGCUUGAGUGGCUGGAGGACAUUGAGCCCAGUGUCAAAGCCAGCGACGAGUAUCUGAAUGACUUGAGCGAAAAGCGCGCUGCUCUGGAGAAAUUCCGUGUCACCCAGCGCGACAUCAACGGACACAACGAUAUUGUGGAGAAGAUCAAUGUGCGUCUGCGCGAGGACAAUAGCUUGGACAAGAACGAUUUCGCAGCGGGUCUGAGCAAAUUCGAUGCGCUGCAAGCGCAAGUCAACAAGAUCAUCGAGUCGCUGGAGAACCAGGUGAACAAUCACGACAAAUACAAGCAGGCCUACAAUGAGCUGCAAGAUUGGCUGCGUCGCACACGCAUCGAGGUGGAGCAGUGCGCCGAUUGCCAUGGCGAAAAGGAUCAGGUGGAGGAGCGCUUGAAUCGCCUGGGUGAUAUACAGGCAACCUCCAUGGAGGGCAAAUCGCUGCUCGAUGCUUGCGAAGAGCUCAGCCAGGCGGUCAUAGCCACCAGCGGCAGCGAGGGUCAAGACAAUGUGGCCCAGGAGAUCAAGCAUCUGAAUGGCGAAUGGGAAACACUUCAAGCUCUAUCGCGAGAUGCGCGCAGCGGCCUGGAGACCUGUCUGGCUGCUUGGGAGACAUUCCUGCAAAAGUUCAACAAAAUCAAUCUGUGGAUUGUUACGAUGAGCAAGCGCGUUGCCAAAUCACAGGAAGCCGAUAAUAAAACCACCGAAGAUUUGGUCAAUGCCAAGAAACUGCUGGAUGAGGUGCUGGCCGAACGUGAAAAUGUCGAGGAUCUGAAUGACAACUGUGAGCUGCUCAUGGAGCAAAGCGCCUGCACGCGCAUACGUGACCAGACCAUUGAGACGCAGGCCAAUUAUACCAAAUUGCUAACCGCGGCUCAGGGUCUGGUGGCCAAGGUCGAAAAGAAUCUGUCCGAUCACACCGAGUUCCUCAACUACAAGAACGAAAUGGAUGCCUGGAUUGAGAAGGCCCAGCAGGUGCUCAACGACUGCAGCCUCGAUGGUGAUGCCGCGAUCAUUGCGCAAAAGUUGGAGACUGUCAAUUCAUUGGCCUCGCAUUUGCCAGAGGGCCAACACUUGCUGGCCAUGGUGCAGGAUGCCUACUCGAAGGCCUCGAAUAUAACGCCCGGGGACAAGCAGGAGAAGCUGCGUGACCUGAUGACCAAGGUGCGUGAGGACUGGGAUGCUCUGGGCCUGGCUGUCAAGCAGAAGCUAAGUGACCUGAAGCAGGCCCAAAAUCGCUGGAAUGAUUUUGCAGCCAAUAAGGAGAGGCUCGACAAAUGGCUAAUCGAAACCGAGAAGACGCUGAAGAUAGCGCCCGAAACGAAGGGCGAGCUGAGCGAGAUGAAAACUCUGCUCGAGCGCUACAAGACGCUGGGCAAUGAGCUCAAGCAGAAGGGCAACGAUCUCGAGCAGCUGGUGUCGGAGGCACGUGAUCUGGGCACCGAGUUGGAUGCGGUCAAUCGUUUGCAGUCGCGUUGCGAUAAGCUGAAGAACGAUUGCGCCGGCUACAUUCGAGAUCUGGAACAGGAGAUGCUCGACUACAAUGGAUAUCAUCAGAGCCUGCAGGAUGUAGAGAAAUGGCUGCUGCAAAUCUCCUUCCAGCUGAUGGCGCACAAUUCGCUCUUCAUUUCGAAUCGCGAACAAACGCAAGAGCAGAUCAAACAGCACGAGGCGCUGCUGGGCGAGAUACAAAAGUAUCAGACCAAUUUGGAUGACCUGAACGCCAAGGGUCAGGCUCAAAUCAAACGCUAUGAGCCAACAACGCCAGCCAUACGUCCGACUGUCGAGUCCCAGCUGAAGAACAUACAGGACAGCUACAACUCGCUGCUGCAGACCUCGGUGCAAAUCAAGAAUCGUCUGCUCGAAUCGCUGGCCAAGUUCCAGGAGUACGAGGAUACGCUGGACAAUAUCAUGCGCAAUCUGGAGGCCUACGAGCCCAUCAUACAAACCGAACUGGACGAGCCAGCCACUAGCCUGGAACUGGCGCAGAACCAGCUCAAGUGCGCUCAGGAUAUGCAAAAUAAACUGAACAAUGAGAAAUCCAGGCUGGCAGCUGCCGUUCAGGCCUGCGAGGCAGCCACAGCAUCCAUCAGCCGGCCCAGCUCUCCCUUGGAGACAGCUAUGCAUGCCAUACCCGAACGUGAACUGAUGGUGCGCGCCAAGCUCGAAGAUCUGCUGGAUCAGCCGCCGCCAAAGACUCGGAGCUCAACCGACGAUGACAACGAUCUCGACGUUGAGCUCAGCGAUGUGAAUGAGGCGCUGUCGGAUCCCAUUGCUUACGAGCGUAUUCAAAACUAUUGUCGCAUAGUACGGCUGAAUAGCGCACACGUGAGCAAGCUGAAUGCACUCGUCGCUAAGGUGCAAUCCCACUUGGGUGGUCUGACUGCAUCCGUUAGCGAACUGGAGCAACAGCAGAAGCAGCGCGCCGAGCUGCAGGACUGGGUCAAGAGGCAGCAGAGCUCUGUCUCCGAUUGGCUAAUGCGUCCAUGCAAGCUGCGUCCAGAUGCCGCGCAACAGGAGCUGGUCUCGAUGAACGAUCUAUUGAACUCCAUUGGAGACAAGCGCUCACAGCUGAUGCUCGAGAUGACAGGAUCAUUAGGCGAUGAGGACACGGAUCUGGAUGAUAACAUUGACAAGCUCGAAUCGGAGCUGAUGGAUGCCAUUGCCAAGAAGCAGGCGGGCCAGAGUAUCAUCGACGGCUAUCGCCAGGGCAUGCAGGAUGUGCAGAACUGGUUCGAUACGUUGAUUAAGCGCAUGGAUGUGCUGGAUCGCGGUUCCGGUCUCAAUUGUGCCCAGAAAAUGGCCGCCAUCAAUGAGAUUAAGAACGAAUACGAGCUGCAGGGUCAUCCGAAGAUACAAGAGCUGAAGGGCAAGGCCGCGCAGGUGGCUGAGGUCAUUAGCAAUCUGGAUGGGCAGCAGGUGGAGGAGCAAAUGAAAUCGUUGGAUCGUCGUUUCGCCGAUCUGGGCAAGCGCAUCGAUCGCAAGGCACAGCUGCUCGAUGUCACCAAUAAGGGCGUGGAUGGGGCCAAGGGCGAAAUCGAUCAACUGCAGCAAUGGGUGAAGCAGCAAAUCGACGAGCUGCAGGCGCCAGCUGCUCUGGGCUUUUCGCCCAAGGAUGCGGAGGCGCGCCAGCAGAAGAUCAAGAGCCUGAUGAAGGAUGCCGAGGCAAAGCAAUCGCUGGCGGAUGUCCUCGAAAAGCGCAUAGCCAACAUGCAGCCCGAAUUGGAGUCUGCUGAGUAUGCCCAACUGGAGUCGGCCUUGCGUAAUCUGAAUAGCGAAAAUCGCAAUUUGGCUGGCGUUCUGAAGGCCGAGCUGGAUCGUGCGCUGGAGGCGAGCAAGGCGCGUAAGGCACUGGAGAAUGAUCUGGACAAGGCGCGUCAAUGGCUGAAGGCCAAAAUCUCUGAGGUGCGCAAGCUGCCCGUCUAUCAUCCACUGACCUCCGCUGAGAUUGAGAAGAAGAUACAGGAGAACAGGAAAUACGAUGAUGACGCCAAGCAAUUCAAUGACAGCGUCCUCAGUGAUGUCCAGCGUCAAGCUGCCAACAUCAUGAAGGACUGCGGCGAGCCAGACAAGGCCGCGCUGCAGCACAUUCUGGAUGAAAUUGCCGCCGACUAUCAGACGCUCAAGGAUGAGAGCGGCAAGCGCGGCAAGUCCUUGGACGAUCUACUGCAGGGACGCAAAGCCUUCGAGGAUUCAAUGAAAAAGAUGGGCGACUGGCUAAACGAAAUGGAAACAGCCACCGAAAGUGAACUGCGCACCACGAGCCUACCCGUGCUCGAGGAGCAGCUGGCCCACUACAAGAAGCUACUGCAGAAUGCCGACAACAUGGGCGGCGUCAUCAACGAUGUGUCCGAGCAGGGCAAGAGCAUAUUGCCGACGCUCAGCAAUGCGGACAAGCUAAAGCUGAACGACGACAUCAAGAACAUGAAGGAUCGUUAUGGUCGUAUCAAGCAGACAAUUGACGAUCGUGUCAAUACGUUGGGCGAUCACAUCAAGAAGUACAAGGAUGCCAAGAACCGGUUGGCCGAUUGCAGUCAGUUCCUGGCUACCAUACAGCAGCGCAUGCGAGAGCUCAAUCGACCGAUUGGCUCCAGGAUUGAGGAUGUGCAGGAUCUGCUGGGCGCCUACGAGGGCAUACUGAAGGAGCUCAAGGAUAGCAAGCACAAAAUGGGCGACAUGCAAAUGGACGACUUGCCCGAGCUGCAGAGCAUCCUGGCGCAGCAGGACGAUAUGAUUAAACUGAUUGAGGAUCAGUUGGCGCAUCUGCGUCAGCUGUUGAUGCUGCGCGAGCAGUUCAUAGCUCUAAUCAACGAGAUCAUUGCCUUCAUUAUGAAGUACACCGAUGUCAUCAUCGACAUCGAGAACUCACCGGACAGCCUCGAGGACAAGAUCAACAAAUACGACAAUGUCAUCGUCAAGAUACAGGAGUGCGAGGGACUGCUGGCCUCGGCCAACGACAAGGGUCAGAAGAUCGCCUCCGAGGGCAAUGCGGCCGAUAAGAACAGCAUCACAGAGCAGCUGCAAUCCCUGAAGAAUCAAUUGCAGAAUCUGCGCAAGGCUGUCGAAUCGCAGCGCCAGAAGCAUCAGCUGCAGCUCGAGUCCCACAAAAAGAUGGCCGCCGAGCUGAGCGAGAUACUCGACUGGCUGCACAAUAAUGAAGGCGUUGCCAAGUCGCGACCCCUGCUCGACCGUGAUCCCGAGUCGGUGGAACGUGAACUGCAGAAGCAUCAAGCACUCAGCAAGGACAUUGAAUCGCAAUUGCAGAAGUUCAAUAAAAUCAAUGACAGCGUCAAGACGGACGUGGGCAUGCCCAGCUCUCUGCUAGAGAUGCUCUCCGAGGGUCGUUCACUGGUCGCCUCGCUGCCGCAUGAGCUCGAGGAGCGCGAGAAGUAUUUGAAGAACAAUCGCGACUCGCGUCUGGAGUACAUGCAGCUGGUGGCCAAGUUCAAUGAUUGGGUGCACGAGGCCGAGCUGCGUUUGCAGAACAGCCAGCAUGGCAUCGACUACGAGCAUCUCGUGCACGAUCUCGAGGAGCACAAGAUCUUCUUUGGCAACGAGGCGCCCAUACGCAAUCUGGUGCACAAGCAAAUCCAGGAGGCAUCCGACAAGAUUUGGUCCUCGCUCAACAGCUACGAGCAAUCCGAGCUGUCGGCCGAGCUGACACAGUUCCAGACCAAGCUGGCCAAUACCUUGGCCAAUGCCAAGACCCAGCAAAGCGAACUGGAAAGAGAGGCGGAACGCUGGCGUGAAUACCAACAAUCCAUCGAUCGCGUCAAGGCCACCAUUGAGCGUACCAAAUUUAGCGAUGAGCCCGUCCAGAAUUUGGCCGGAUUGCACUUUAAUAUUCAGAAGCUGUCGCAUGCCAUUGGAAAUGUACAGAGCCAAAACAGCGACCUCUCGCUAGUGAAUCAGCAAGCGCAAUCUCUUAUACGGCAAGCGGACGCCCGCAAUCGCCAGUUGAUUGAGCAGCAGAACUCAGGGCUAAAUCGUGAUUGGCAGGACCUGGUGCAUAGCCUGGAGCAGAGAAAGGAUAAGCUGCAACAGUUGGCCGAGCAUUGGGAUAGCUUUGAGAACGGUCUGCACGGCUGGGAGAAGGCAUUAGGUCGCUUGGAGGAUAAGUUCCGCAAUGUCGACCCAACUGUAAGGUCGCGACGUCAUUUGGAAGAUACAAAGAAUGCCAUUCAGGAACUGCGUGAAGAAUCAAAUGAACUUAAAUCAUCACAUAAAGAAAUCGAAACGCUCUCAAAAUCCAUCCUCACAUUCCUUGGGGAAGUACACAAACCCUCGGCGGAGGCCAUACAGGCCAAAGUGGAUAAGUUAGUUGAACAGCAAGCAAAAUUGAACGAUACGCUACGCGAUAAGGACCAACAGGUUAGCAGGGAUCUCGAGGAGAUCGAGCAAGUGUUCCGCCGCAUCUCACAGCUGCAGGACAAAUUGAACGCACUACACGAACAGCUUCAGUCCGUGCACGUCUACGACGAGCAUAUCGUCCAAACGGAACAGGCCCUCAUCAAACUCAAUAGCCAGGUGCAACAGGCCGGCGAGGAGAGUCGCGCGCUUGUCGCGCAAACCCAAGCGCUCUAUCAAAACAAACAGAAUCAAUUGCCCAGUGAUAUUGCCCAGGAGUUUACCGCACUUGAACUGCUAGCGGAACGCGUGCAGGUAACUAUGGAGACCAAAGAGAAGGAUUUCAAGCGCGCCAAGACCGUACGCACGGACUAUUUGGCCGGCGUCGAUGAGAUUCAGCGCUGGCUGCUGCAGGCCGAGGUGCAGGUGCAGGAGCGCACACUGGAGCCGACACAGAUGAAGGAGCUGCUGCAGCGCAUCAAUCACGAAAUCGGUGCCAUCUAUGAACGCUUCACCCUGGUCAAGACCAAUGGCCAGCUGAUCAUUGAGAAUUGUCGCAACAGCGAGGAGAAGACGCUGGUGCAAUCGACCAUUGAUCAGUUGGCGGCACAGCUGGCGCAGGUGCGCGGCUGGCUGGAUGAGAAGAAGCAGGCCGUCGGCGACAGUCUGGAUGCCUGGACGCGUUUCAUGAAUCUGUACCAGAUUGUCAUGUCCUGGGUGGCUGAUAAGCGUACCUUCAUUGAUCAAACGAUCGAGCUGCGCACACUGCCCGAGGCGCGAUCCAAGCUGAAUGACUAUGUGACGGCUGUGAAGAGUAUUAAACCGAUUGUGAAGCAUUUGAGCGAAAUGGACAAGGAACUGGAGCACAUUGGUCAAGUGACAACCGUGGGCGAUCUCAAGGACAAACUGCAGCAGGCCGAGGAUGCGAAGAUAGCCGUGGAAGCAGUGCUGCUGGAGAGGAACUCGCUGCUGCAGGAGGCCUGCGAAGAGUGGGAUCAAUGUGAGCGCAAGAUCAAGGACAUACGUGCCUGGCACGAGAAGACCAAACAGACCUUGGACUCAUCGCCACAGCAAAAGAAGCCGCUGCGCGAUCAGCUGGGCUACUGUGAAAAGACUCUGGCCGACAUAAAUGUGCAAAAAACUAAACUGAGAUUGUCUAUUGAAAAACUGGAGGUACACUUCCGCAAUGGCAUGGGCGGUGAUCCACGCCUUAGCGAAAAUGUUGACGAUUUGGUGCGCGUGCUCGACGGUCUCGGUGAACUGGUGAAGACCAAGUCACAGAGUCUCGAGCAGACGCUGGCCCAAAUCGAUGUCUAUCAACAGCAAAUGCAAACGCUCCGGCAGCGUAUUAUACAGGAGGAGCAGCAGCUGCGUCUGGUCAUGGCGCCCACGUACUUGCCGCACGAUCGUGAGCGCGCAUUAGCCGAGCAACAGGCAAUGCGAGAAUCAAUCGAUGGCAUGCAGCAAAGCUACGACGCAACCGCCGCCCAAUCCUAUGCUCUGGAUCCACAUUCAGUGGUAACCACUUCAUCGACUGUCUCGUUGCUUAUGAAGCCAACGGCAGUAGGUCUAACCUAUGCUGAAGUGUUAUUAGGACAUGCGAGUCCGGUAAGCGGUAAUGAAACGGCGACGAUCCCCCGACAAGAAAUUCAAGAAACUCCCGACACGACCACGACCCAGACAACAAUAACGACAAGUAGCCAACACCAUCAUGAACAACAACAACAACCACAGCAACAGCCACAGGCACAAACGAACCUAAACCAGCGCGAUACAAUCACAACAACGACAACAACAACAAGAACCACAUUGACAACAAACGUACGCACGCAGGAGGUUGAGGAAACGAAUUCGGAACCAUUAACCACUGUGCUCUAUCAGCGCAAACACCGUGUUACACCACCCAGCAGCAGUACUCCUAACGCCGACUAUGAAGAGACAACCAUCAGCAAUUCCCGAGUGGAAGCGUCUAGCAGCUCAUCCACAUUAGAUCAACAAGUUCCUAGCAGUAGCAGCAAUCCCAACAGUCAGUUUAUCGAAAUGGAGCGCAGUCAGCAGCGUUCGAAUGCGGGUAAGAAAUUGCAGCCAUCGCGUCCCGAACGUCGUGCACGUUCACCCCGACGCAGACGCGAACCACAAAGCACAGUGCAGGUGGAUAGCACCCAACACCAACAGCAACAGCAACAUCAGCAACAGCAGCAGCAAUACCAACAUCUCUAUCUGCCGCAAGAAGAUCGCGCGCGUUCGCGUAGCCCCAUGUGGGUGCCGGGUUCGACAUCGUAUGCCGAAGUUUUGCGUGGCAUGGAGCUGGAACGUCUAAAGGCCGAAGAGUUGGCUAGGCAAGCGGCCCAGCCGCAUACAGAUCUAACCAUACAGGAUGUGGUAGAUGCCAGUGGGGCAGCGGCAAAUAUUUAUGUGCCACAUACCAAGCCGGAACAGCAUCAGCAGUUCAUGGGCGAGACUAGUGCCGACUUGGGCUAUGGUCAACCGCAGCUAGAGCAGAAGCAUUCGCAGUUACCCGGCUAUGAAGUGCCCAUGAGUGCGGAGGAGAUUACCGCCACCUAUUUGCAACCGGAUCCACAACUCUAUCAGACCAUGUAUGAGAAUGUGGCCGACAGCGGCCAGUGGGGCUAUGUGGCGGGCUCAAACGGGGAGCAGCAGGCAGUGCCACAAAACUAUUACGAUCAAAUCAUGCAGAUGCAAUAUCCCAUACAAUACCAGCCUGUGGCUGUGCAGCCGACGACAACGCAGUACCAGCUGCUGACGGGCUAUUAUCAGCCUGUCGCGCAGGCUGAGACUUAUCCGACGGUAUAUACUACGGAAUCCUCACAAAUCUAUUAUGCCCAACAGCCGCAGGAGUACGCACAGGAGUAUAGCCAACAGCCCCAGCAGCAGCUAACGGAUGUUAAUACGGAGGUACCCGUCUAUCAGUCGGAGAUUGUAAAUCAAACUUAUCUGCUUGAGCCAUACCGAGCGGAGGCAAUUCCAACAACGACGUCUACAACAGGCAAUAGCGUGCUCGACCGUGUGGUGACAACGCUCGCAUCGAUGGUGCAACAGAGUGCCGAGCCUCUAACAACGAGCACACAGCAAAUACAGGCAACAGUUGUAUUGCCGCAAACAGCUCAUGAACAGGUGCCAGCGCCACAGCAGGUAUUUAUUGAGGAACAUGUGCAAAUGCUGCGACCAGUGGAGCCGCAAGAGUUUGAAAUGAAUGAACCACGUCCCGACAUUACUUUUGGUCAGUUUGAUGUCGAUGCUAUUGAGACCAUACCCAUUGAGGUGCCUCAGCCACAAACUCAGCAGCAACCACAACCACAACCACAACCACAACCGCAACCACAACCACAGCAAAACGUAAUUACGACAUUUGUGGAGGAGACAAUUAGCUCACAACCGAUACAGCCAACUGUGAUAGCACAAAGGAAGGACACAGAUACAGUUGUCGUUCGUCCCCAAGUGCAGCAGCCCAACAAGAAUGUCUAUCAGCAACAAGAUCCCAGUGCUGGCAGCACCUAUGCCGAAGUGCUAUUUGGCCAACAGCAUAGAUCAGCACAUCCAGUUUUCCAGCCAUCCAGUCAACAGCAACAUAUUCCAGUACGUGUCGCGGCAGCCAUGUCGCAAAUCCGCAAUGCUGAGCAUGCAACAACAACAACGACAACAACAACUACAAAGCAUACGACGUUAAGCACUACUACGUCCAAGGGCCAGCAAGGCAGGUGGACAGAAAAGUCCGAUGACACCAUUGAAGCAAGGAUACCGAGGCCUAAACGGCAGCGACAUGAACAGCAGCCGGAACCAUUGCCCAUCAAAGUGAGCAAUAGGAAAGAGCCAAAAGCUAGCAGAAAGCAUAAGUCUCCAGAGACAAAUGGCGCCUCGAUCGGCCAUGUUGAGAGUGCACCAAAGGUAGUCCUAGUCGAAGAGAUGCACAAGCCUGAGCCGAAACCAAGGAAGUCUAAGAAGAGCAAACAUCUUUCAGAGGAGUUCUCGGACAAAAAGAAUGUUGAGCCACUGCAGGAGGAAAAACAACCAGUGGAAACGACAAUCACCAGCAAGAAGACGGCUAAGCCGGUUAGUGAAAUUGUCAAGCAGAUGAGAGAUAGCAGCUACGAAGAAACUAUUGUAGAGCAAACCAAGAAGGACAAGCAGAAGCCAACGAUUGUUGUUGAAACAACGGAAAUUACUUCAAAAACAGUGGAACCAAUCGUUAAAGUAACAAAACCGGAAACAAUUGCGGCAGUUGAAGUUACGCCCACUGUUAAGGCUCCAUCAAGGAAAGACAAAAAGAAAACCAAAGCUGAAAAGGUAGAAACUGUAACUGUAUCGAAGAAGCAGGUUGAUCCUGUUAAGGAAGUCAUCAAACCACAUGAAGCAGAGCCCACAGCACCCUCGAAAUUAGAUGAGAAGAAAACGAUCACUUCGUCUUCUGCAAAGCAAGUUGAGCCGGUCGAAGAAAUAAUAAAGCCUGCAGAAACUAUUACAGUCGCACCCAUUGCUGAUCCAUCAUCGGUUACUUCUGCUUCAACCAAAAAGGAUAGGAAGAAGACAACAACUAUUGUGGAAACUACAACCACUACGACUGCUGAAAAGCUGAUUAAGCCAGUUGAAGAAAUUACUAAGCCAGCUGAAAUCGAACUUGUUGUGACAACUGUUUCAGAGCCAACUAAAAAGGUUGAACCUGUUGUAGAAACUGCAACUGCUACAGUCAAAAAGGAUAAGAAGGCAGCUAUUAUUGAGACAUCUGAGAAAAUAGUUCAACCUGUUGUUGAAGUCACUAAAUCUGUUGAAACUGUAACCGUGACGCCUGCAGCUGAACAAACUCCAGCUGUUUCUGCUCCGACUAAAAAGGAUAAAAAGAAAGCUUCGGAGAAAAAAAUUGAGCCUGUUCAAGAAAUCCCUAAAUCUGCUGAAGCUGAUCAAACGCCUGCUGUAGAAGAAAUAAUUAAAACAACUGAAACUAUAGCAGUGGUAGAGCCUGCUCCUAAAAAGGAUAAAAAGAAAUCGAAAAUUGUGGAAACAACAACUGUCACGCAGAACAUAGUGGAACCUGUCGUAGCAGUUAGCAAGCAGACGGAAAGCGCACCAAUUGUGGAAAUUACAAAUAUCAAAAUUCAGCCAGUUAUCGAAGCUGUGACAGAAAAAAUCGUUGAAAAAUUGGUUGAGCCUGCAAUUGAACCUGUUCAAGUGAAGAAGGAUGAACAGUCGCCAAAGGUUACAGAGGAAUUAGUCAUGGUGCAACCCACAGUUCAGACAGAAAAAUCGAAUAAUGUUGAACCACUUGUGGAAAGCCUUUCUCAAGUAUCUGAGCCUACAACAGUAUCAAGGAUCGAUACGAAUGAAACCUUACUGGAAAGCCAGCCAGUAGUAACAACGUCGACCAACACGAUUUCUACAGAAAGCGGCACAACUACAAUUACUACCAGGACCAUAACGAAACAUAUUACCAAGCGCAUUGUUAAGCGUAUUAUCGAUGGUAGAGAGGAAAUUGUAGAGGAAGAUGUCAUCGAUGACUUACCCGAAGAGAAUAUAUCUGUGGAGCAAUUUGAUUUGCCUUCAGUUGAAACGACAAGUUCUGUGCCCGGCAGCAUCAUCAUGCCCGGACUAAGCUCAACUCUGGAUACAACUGUUGUGCAGGGCGGCUCAAUUACAAAAACUACAAUAACUAAGACAAAGCGUAUACUCAAACGCAUCACCGCCGAUGGCGAAGAAAUUGUGGAGGAAGUAUAUGAGGAUGAGCCCGAGGUGGAGCGCGAUAUAACAUUGCUGCCGACUACAGUGCUUACUUCCAGGAAUGUUACGGCUCUGGAUGAACCAGCCGAAUCUCAAGCAGACAUAAUUGGUGCAGCACAAAUUGCAGUCGAGGAAAUUGUGGACAAAGCUGAGCAAGUGCUUGAACCCGAACCGCAAAAGCCAUUGCGUAAGGACAAAAAGGAUGAAGAUACAGUUAUUGUCACAGAAACUGUUAAGGUCGAGCCCGAAAAGAAACCACAAAAGCCGACCAGAAAGGACAAGAAGAAGCACAAGAAAUCCGAAAGCGAAGAAAUCAAACCAAAAACAGACAGUCCCAUUUCACAAAACGUGGUCGAAAUAACUGAGCCACAAUCACAACUAGAAACCACAGAGCCCCUGAAUACAACAAGUGCAAUUACAACAGACGAGAAACAAACUCAGUCAUCCGAUGGAUCUGUUAUCAGCGACGAUGGCAGUCUAAUCAAAACCACAGUCAUUCGUACAACUAAGAUUGUGAAAAAGAUAAACCAACAAGACAGCCAGGACAUGUCCACAUCGAUCCAUUCGGAUGUAGCUUCGUUGGAUUCCUAUGAACUAGCCGAAGAAGCUGCCGAAGAACCCAAAGUCGAGAAAUCUGAAAUGAACAGUCGCGAGGUCAGCGAUGAGGGUGUAGUUAAGACAACCAAAACGACGACUAUUCGUACGAUUAAAAAUGCCAAAGCCGAACCAGAAAAGGAACUCGUGCCUGAAGCUAUUACCGAAGUGGAGAGUACACCUGAAAAGAAAUCGGAUGUUGAUGUAUCACAAACUGAAGAUGGUUCUGUUUUGAAAACAACAAUUGUUCGUACUACUAAAAUAAUAAAGAAAAUUACCCAGGACUCGGAAACCAUAAGCGAACACAGUAGUGCUUCAGAACCUGCCCUGGAGACAGUUGAAACCAUCCUACAGGAUGCUCCAAUAGUAGCUGAAUCGGUAACCACGGAGUCGAACAGCGAAGGCAUUACAAAGACUACAACCACGCGAACAACAAAGGCUGUCGUUGAGAGUGCAGAGAUUCCUGCAGUUGCCGAGCCGCAACAGGUUGCAGAUCUGCUGUUGAUAACGCCAAAAACUACAGAGGUGCCGGAAAGUAGGAAUAUAAAGUCAACUACGCUGGAUUUCAUAGCCUCGGAAAAGCAGACUGCAGAACCUGUACCCGAGAAGAAGACGCGCAAAUCGAAAAAACAGGAAAAACAAAAGGAAACUCCAAUAGAAGCUGUGCCUAAGGCGAGUGUCGAUAUUCAGGUUGCUACUCAGGAACUUGUUGCUCCAGUUCAAGAUGAACCUAAACAAACUGUUGACAUUACUAGCGACAUCGUUGCUGAACCCUACGAUGCCAACAUUAGCAAUGAUGUGGUUAAGACAACAAUUACAAGAACUACAAAAAUUGUCAAGAAAGUUGCCCAAAAUGUUGAUAAACAGAGCGUUAGUGAAGUUCAGGAAACCCAAACGCCUGAUGAGCCAACUCCAGAUGCUGUUGAGCCAACAAGUGAAGUGGCUGGUGGUGUAACCAAAACAACAACCGUGCGUACGACGAAAAUUGUAAAGAAAUUGAACGAAGAUGGUGAGACAACAACAGAAAGCAGCACAAUAAGCGAACCAAUCACUGUGCGAGAAGCGUCUCCAACUAUAUCGGAAUUACCAAGUGAAGCCUCAACCACAUCUAGUCAAAUCGAUGGGGCCAUCAUUAAAACAACAACAAUUCGUACAAUGCGCAUAACUAAGCGCAUAACAAAUGACGGACGCAUAGUACUGACCGAAAGCGACACACCUAGCGAUGUUAUAGUCACAUCUAGUAUUGAAAUGCCCGAUCAUAGAUCAACUAGUCCCAUUGUGUCCUCGAGGCUGGAUUCAGCUCCACCUGUUGUCACAUCUAGCACUGAAAGUAAAUUUGCUAAUGUUGGUGUCAAUAUUGAGUUGGGCAUUAGGGAUACGACAGGCAAAUCUGGCGUAAAGGUUGUAGAUAUUGAGACAACUGAACUACCGACUGUCAGCACAGAAUAUACUUCGACGAACGGGGCUCUGAACGAGUCAAGCCGCAUUGCCACUACUACAACGACAACUACCAAAAAUACAAUCCUUACAACGACCCGUCAACGUAGCUUCGAAACCGAAGAUGGCACAAAUGUCCUUUUCGUUGGAGAAGGCAUUGACGGAGCCUAUCCACCAGGCACUGUACAGAAAAUUUCUCUCAUCACUCAUGAAGAGAAACUGAAGACUCCUAUCGUGAAAAUGCAUCUAGAUUUUCCGGAGGUUAGUCUUCGCGUGACCGAGACUGUUACCGAAAACCUAGAGUCCCUGCAGAAAACCGCCGAAACUAGCGAGACUUCCAUGAUUGAGUUCGCCGAAUCCAAACCAGAAGUAGUAGAAACAGAUUCAUUGAAACAUCAAAAUGAAGAGCAAAUUCCUAAGGUAGAGUCAAUAGAACAGGUUGCUAAGACAGAGGUUGUAGACAAGAGUAGUGAACCCCCGUCUGACUUAAGUCCAGAGGAGCAGAAACUAUUCGAAGAUAUUCAAAAGAAACUAUCCAAAAAAGAUAAGAAAAAGCGGCCAGCAAUCCCCGAAGAGUUCAUUAAGCAAGAGACAAUUCAGGUGCUUGUUGAAGAAAGUAAAGGGAACUUAGUGCAGAAUCUUUCUCAAGAUAUAUCAUUGAUUUCAAAAGCAAAGAUCAUUGAGCAUGCCAAGGCUGAUAUACUAUACCGUGAAAAAAUGCAAGCAACGCCAGAAAUUCCUUCUAAAACUCAAGUAGAAACGCAAAUUGAUAUUCCAUGUGAAAUUCAGUUACUCCCCGACCCUACUAAUAUUGCUAAUCAAAUUGUUCCUGCCAAGCCAAGCGCAUUAACUGCUGAAGCAUUUGUGGUUAACACGGAUAAUAUCUCACAAGAGCUCGACGAACUGCUGCAAUCGCUCUCAACAGUCGAGGAUGGCAUUGGGAACAUGAACCACAGCAGCUUGGAGGGCAUGCAACAGGGAUUGAAGCUAAUCCAAAACAAUCUGCAAGUACAUGAGAAAGAAGCUCUAAAACUCAAAGAUCAAGCAAAGACAUUGCCCACAGACCCUGGCACUGAGCGUUUGCUGAACGAGACAGUAGAUCGCAUCGAUUUACUGUUGAGGCGUACACAACAAGGCAUUUCCAUGAUAGCCAACGCCAUGCAUGGCCAAAAGAAACGCGAGGAAGAGAUCGAUGAGUAUCAGAAACAUUUGUUGGAGCUUGAACGCUGGAUCAAUGAGGUCUCGGCCGAAUUGGCCUCGUUUGAGCCCACAACGGAUAGCAGCACCGACGAGCAUGUGCUUAAGACACAGGUGGAGCGUAGCCAGCAAUUGCUGCGCACGUUGAAGGAUCGUCAACAAUCCAUGGAUGAUUUGGUCGAGCAAACGCGUGAGCUGCAAACACAUUCCGAUGUCGCGCCACUGGCCAACACGCUGAUGGAACAGCUGCAGAGCAUCAUAAUCAUAUUGCGAGAGCAGAUCACCGUGGCCACCACGCGCAUCUUUACCAUUGAGAAGCGCAUCGUGGAGCUCCGCAAGGCCAAGCGAGAUGAAUCCCAACGUCAGCGCGUGCUGGCUGAUGCGCAGAUACUGGCACCAGUUCAUGUGAGCGCAGCGCCUGAUUCCAUAGAGUCCAGUGAGAAUACAAUUGACUCGAGCUCUAUGCCUGAAGAGGAGAUAAAGCCCACGGGUGUUUAUGUGGAGACGCAAACAUCGCUGAGCUUGCAGCAGCUGCCGGAGCCACAGCCACAGCCACAGAUCGAAACAAUUAAUAUGGAGGCGCAGACCAGCUUCCAGGAGCCGCAGCCGCUGGUCGCCAUCGAAACGGCAGAAGUCGCACAGCAAACGAUCAAAGAACGUGCGCCCACUGAAAACAUAAUGGUCACACAAACUGUGCAGGAUGGUCAGGAAACGAUACAGAUUGACACACAACUCAACAAGGAUGUACCCGAACAACCGAAGGAUGUGGAAAUCGAGGCGCGCUACCAUCAACAGCCCAAGGGCGACGUUGAUCGAGCGACCGAACUGAUAAUGAAGAAUGUGCCACAAGCUUUUGAGACGACAUUCGUUGAACCCGACGAGACCACAACUGAGGUGGUAGUGGGUGCCGAUGGCACCAAGCACAUUGUCGUUAAGAAAAUCACGAGAACUCGUCAGCAAAUUGUGCAACAGCAGCAGAUUAGCUCCAUUGAGACCGUUAGCGAUGCAGAUGGUAACAUUGAAGUACAAUCAACAGGCCAGAUAAAUCUGGAGAAUGUGCAGACCACGGACACCGUGGCUGAUCCACAGCAGAGUGCUUACCGCACCGUUGUGACGCAGCAAACACGUGGCACACUCCUGGAUGGCUCUCAGCCAGAGGCUGUGACUGUCAGUGAAUUCGAGACGGAGCCAGUUAUUGAGAAAUACGAACAGCUGCUAAGUCCCGAUGCGCAGGGCAAUUUGCAGCCAUUCCGUGCAGCAGCUGGCGAGUCUACAGUGGAUCGUCAAAGUAGCAGCAUACACACGGUACUGCAGCAGGUGACGCGUAAGGUGGUGCGCAAGACGCGUAAGAUAAUCAAACGCGUGGUCAUCAUUGAUGGCCAGGAGCACGUAACCGAAGAGGUGGUUGAGGAGCCCGAAGAGGUUGAGGUGACUGAGGAGGAAACAAUGCCGCAUGUCAAUGUGAAUAUCGUGCGCACUGUGAACGGCAAAGUGGUGAGCGAGGAGGAGUUCCAGAACAUGAUGCAGCAACCGGGCGUUGUCAUCGAAGAAGUUGCAACGGAUCUGUCACAACAGACAGUUGAACCGCAGCAACAGGUAUUUGAUAUUGAGUCUAUCAACAUCUCGAACACCACCACCACCACCACACAAGAACAGACACCACCACCAACAACAGCAACAACAACAACAACUGCAAUUACAACAGAUACGACAAAAGCAGCACCUGUAGAAUUGCCAGCACCUCAAGUAGACAUUGAAGAAAUCGUAAAUGUUGAAACUAUCAGUCCCGUUAAUGUUGCAGAAGCUGCAGUAACAGCACCUAAAGCGCCCACAACCACCACUCAAAUAACCACCACAACAACAUCAACGUCAGAGAGCCAGCCGAUGGUGGAAGACAUUAAGGAAAUUUGGCCGCAGGAACAUCAUUUGCAAAACACAAACAUCGACUUUUCCCAACAUGUCGAGCAGGCGGCUCCUCCAGCUGUUACCGCAGCGGAGACUUCAAUGCCUGUAGAAUCCAUUUGGCCAACUAGUCCAGAGACUGGCAACUCCAUUUCCCUGGAAUCAUAUGCCUUUGAGCCAACAAUCCCCACAGCUGUUAGCAUCAAAUCCGAGACAGAGACUGAAACCAAGCCGGAACAGAUACCAGCUAAACCUAAAGCUGAUAUAGAAGCCUUCCUAGCCGCUGAACAAGCACAAGCUCUGCCCGCCACAGAUAAACCGAAAACCCAGCCUAAACCCACGAUAUCUCAACAGAUAAAACCAGCAGCUCCGCCAGCAUCUAUGAUAGAGGUUGAGGAAUCUGUCGCAGAAGUGCCUCCCAUUGAUAUUGCCGAAAAAGAGCUGACGAUGCCGCAAAAAGAUAUAACUGUGGCCACGCAGUUAUUUAUUUCGGGCGAGGCCGCCGCCGCAGAUUCACCGCGCAAGACUUAUCAGAUAACGGCGCCCUCUGUAGAGACCAUAGGAGCUGGUGUGCUCAAGGUUGCCAUGGCACCGACGACAGAGCUUGAGGAAAGCAUUGCUCCGACGACUCCUGCUAAGGUAAGCAUGACCAUUGUGGAGACUGUCACGGCGCCUGUCGAGCACGACGAUGAUGUGUCGACCAAGCGAAGUCGAAAGAAAAAGAAGAGAAGAGACGAGCAAGAAGCAGAGAUAGAAAAACAACCCGAACCGCUGGUCGCACCCAUUUCCGACGUUGAGCCGGAAUCGGCGCACGAAACGGGCUACGAAGCAGAGGACAAGUCUGUCACUGAGAAAACCGAUGAGGAUUCGGCUGAUUCGAAGAAGAAGCGCCGCAAAAAGAAGAAACAAAAGGAGCCACUACAAGACGAAGACUCACAGGUGCCACGCUCAUCCGAUCAUUCGCUACGUGAUGAUACUACCAGCCUAGAAUCCGAAGGCAAACUGCGUCACGAAGCGGUCGUGCAGCUAAGUACAGAGAGUGACCUAUCCAGCAUGGACAUUGACCACAGUGUCAAGGUGGUGGAAGACUCAGUUAUACCCUCACCCACAGAGCAGUCGCGUGAUCCAUUUACGCACGUGGUUAUACCUACAGAGAUAGUAGAGCUUGCCGCUCUCGAAGAUGUGGAACAACAAACGACGCCGCGUGUACCCACGCCGCCAACAGUUGCUACUGAGCUGGAUAUGAAAUCUUCUCAAACAUCACCACAGCACAUGCCCAAAUUGGAUGAGACAGCUGUACAAACGAGCUUAGAUGUGCAGCCGGCCAAUCAGGAGAACGAAUCGCAGACCCUGACGGUGGAAAUCACUGAAACCGAAGCACAGACAACGCCACGCACCGACGAGAAACCCGAACCCAUCGAGACACUCAGCACGGAAAUGCAAACCGAUGAGAACGCUCAGCCUCGGCAAACGAUUGAAAUUUCUAGCCAAACCAUCAUGACAACCACCACCGAGAAAGAGCUGCAAACAACUCCGAAAGAUUCGCCGCGUUUGACUGAAGUCAGCAGCGACCAUGUCAUCCAGCCACUGGUUACGGAAUUGGUGAAGGACAUGACCAUUGACUUGCCCGUGCCCACAAAGGAGCAGUCCACUUUCAUGGAAGACAUUGUCACCAAGGAGCGGCAUAUGCAAACAAUAACGCCUGAACCAUCUGAGCUGGUGGCUAGCCAGCCUGGAGCAGCUGUCGAUGUGAGUGAUGUUCUCGUGCAGACAACACCGCGUGAGGAGCCACAGCCGAUUUCGCUUGAUGACAACUCCUUGACAGCCACAUCCAUAUCUGAACCCUACGAACUGGAGGUGAGAACCACUGUGGCCAUACCCGCAGACUCGGACGCAUCUGUAGUGGAGCCAACGCUGUACGAAUACACGCAAACUAUGCAGCUGCCCAAGCCCGAAAGGAAAAAGAAGGAAAAGCGCAAGCCCGCACCACACCCACCACCAGCUGCCGAUCCACAGAUCAGUGUAAGCGUCGAAAUUGCACCCGAACUGCUGGGCGAAUCAGGCAUCGUGCUCUCAACCAAUCAACAAAUUGAAGAGGUGCCGCAUCUGCCCCCAGUGCCGGACUUUGAGCCCACUGAAGCUGAUCCACAGCAGCCACAGCGAGUGCAAUUGCAAAUAACAAAGACCACAGUAUACGAUGAAUACCCCGAUUUGCCGGUGCACAUUGUUGAGCAGAACAAAGUCAGCAUUGCCUCGCAGCAGCAGGGCAGCAAGUCACGCGGUGGACCCAUAUCUUCGGUAACCAUUGAGGAAGUUGCCUCACCCACCGAGGAGCUGGUGGUGCCCAUAACGCCAGGGCCAGAUAAUCUGAACGAACAGAACAUCUGGCUAGCGCCGACGGGCUCCACAAAUGUGGAUCGCACUCCCAUUCAGGCCACGCAAGAGUUUAUCAUGAGCGAAGGCUUGCAGCUGUAUCCGGGCAGACAAACACAGCUGGCCAAGGAGGCAAUUGGAACUCGCAUCAAUCAACUGAAGCAGACGACGCCACAGCAGCCAACACCGCUGACUGAUGUCCUGCACUUGGCCACACUGUCCGAGCAGAUCAAGGAGAUCCCCACUUAUCAGCGUAUGGAAGAGGUCAAUAAUGGAUUGAAAAACUUGGACUUGGCAAUACGCAACGGCGAUAAGACAAUUAUCCACACCACGGUCAUCACAGUUAUUGAAAAAGUCUCCACGUGGCUAGAAACCAUCGAGUAUCGUGUCUAUCUCAUACGCCAAAACUCUAAUGAAGGUCCGUCGGAACAGAAGAUGGACAACUACAAUCAGCUGAACACCGAGUUGAACACAAUCAAAGCGAAUGUCAAACAGCUCGAGGGACAACUCGCUCAUGCGGACAAGCCAACGCAGUCGGAGCUGUCGGAGUGCGUGGACACGCUCAAGGAGCACAUCGAUGCAGUGGAGCAGGUGACGCAACAAAAUCAGGCCCAGGACAUCAAGGACCUGGACAAAUGGCAGAACUUUGAGCUGCUCUACAGAGAAGUCGUCACAUUGCUCGAUUUCCUGCAGGAUCGUUACGAGCAGGCAAUCAGCGAGGAACAUCCGUUGUCAGUAAAACUGGCGCUGCUCGAUGACUUGGAGCAGAACCAUGUGGCGGGGCAACAACAGUUAGGCGAACUUAUGCAGACCGCACGCUUCUUCCAGCGCGAUUUCCCCAACAAGAAAAUGUCGCAGGAUGUGCAUGGCACCUAUGAGAAGAGCAAAAAUAUUGGCAAUAACAUCGAAGCCGAACGUGAUCGGCUACUGCAGCUGCAAUUGCUGGCCGAGGAGUACGAGCAGACGCUCAAGAAGUUCACCAACAUUACGGUGCUGGCCGACAAAAUGAUGGAGAGUCCCAUUGUGUCCAGCUCCCUGGAGCAGUUGAACAACGAGGUGCAAAAGCAACGCAAGUUCUUUGUCAAUCUGAGCCACUGUCGCGCCAUGCUGGAGUCGCUCGAGGAGAACAUUGACAGCGAGACGCGCGAAAAGCAUUCGGAGCUGCACAAGCAACUCUAUCAGAAGGCCACACAGCUGUUGGAGCGUGCUUCGGAGCGCUCCUCGAAACUGGUCCAAGCCGCCUCGCGCUGGACCGUGCUGGAGAGGGGCAUGCGCGACGAGCUGCAGUGGUUGCAAGUGGCACAGCAACGCGUGCCAGAUCUUUCAGCUGUUACGUCCGCCGACUACGAUCAAUAUGCAACGCUCUAUCAAUCUCUGAGCAACGACAUCUCGCAUCAUUAUGUCAAGAUGACGCAAUUGUCGGGCAUUGCCAACAAAAUGCAGCUGCUGGUCCAGGCGCCCAAUCUGGUCGAGGAAACCAAUGAUGCCCUGAUCGUGCUGCUUAAGCUGCGCGAGGAGGUGGCGCUCUACUUGCAUCGCCUGCUCGUCUUCAAGGAGAUCUGGGUGCAGUACGAACAGCAGACAGAGAAGAUGGAGGCAUUCGUACGCGAGGCUGAACAGGAACUGCGCCAAAUCCAAAUACCAAAGCAGCCCACAGAGCAGCCCAUUCCGCAUAUAAGACAAUUCUGGGAGGUCAAAGCCCGUUUCGAGCUGCAUAACAAUAUACGCAACGAUGCGGGCCACAGUUUGGAGAAGUCCUUGCAGGUCAUACCGCUAGCCGAUGAGAUGCUGCAGCGACAGUUCCAUGCCCAGCUCGAGGAUCGCUGGCAGGCAGUUGCCCAGGCCAUUGAGCAAAUACAGCGCAACAUUGUAGACUGCCUCUCCUCGGAGGAUAUGGCUGCCGAUGAGAAGCUGAAGCUGGUGGAACGUGAGCUGCAGGAGAUCUACCUGACCAUGACCAGCAUGAAGGGCGUCAUCAAAAACGAGGAGGAGCUCUGCCUGUACAUCGAGCGCGUCCAGGUGCUGCGCACACGCGUUGGCUUCAUUGGCAACGAGUUGGGCCGCAUUGGACUCCAGGAGCCGACGAUUGAGCCCGAAAAAGUGGGCGAACUCUUCGCGCUCUCGCACAAGAUAACGACACAAAUAUCUGAGGAGCUGGAGUUUGCAUCCGUGCUGCGGGAUCAGCUGCAGGCCAUACACGAGGGCAUCAGCAAUCAGCGCAAGCAUCAAGCCAAGAUCUCAGUUAUAUUGGAUGAGUGCGAAUCCGCCGAGCGCCAAGGUGCAGACGUAAUAGAAAAGGCCGUCGCCGAUUGUCAGAGCGCGGGCGAAGAGCUCGUUGGCAGCUGGCAGGAGAUAAUGCGCAUUCGCCAAAUGCUCCACACGCUGCCCAUGCGUCUGAAGAUGUCCGUGUCGCCGGUGAAGCUGGAGCGUGACAUUUCCCAGCUGCAGGACGAUCAUGCCUUCCUCGAGAGCAAGUGCACCAAUAUUAUGGCUAUACUACGCAAUCGUUUGGCGCUUUGGCUACGCUACGAGCGCCAGCUCGAGCUGGUCCAUGGCUCUGUGCAGGAGACGGACUUCAUGAUGGAACUGAUACGUGUCCACGGACAGGUUGACUACGAACGCCUACGCAAGGCCACCGAGAGAUUGGAGGGUCUUGCCGGCGAUCUGCACAGCCGAGAGCAGCUGCUGGACGAGCUUAAGGGCGCCGCCAAGCCGUUGAUCGAAAGCUGUGAUGUACAGAUUGUGGAACAAAUUGAAUCGUCCGUACAGGAUGCGGUAGUCGCGUGGAAUGAUACCACCGAGAAUCUGCAACAGCUCUGCACACGCUACCAGCGAGCCGUUGAGCUCUGGGACAAGUAUCGCAACGCCUCAGCAGCGGUCAAGAGCUGCAUUGAACAGCAAAUGGACAGCGUCAAGUCCUUGGAGCAACCCUUGGAAACCAUGCAACAUGCCAAGGUCUGCCAAGAGAAUCUUAGCACACAGAACGAUCGUCUGCUGGAGCUGCGCGAUAUUGUGGCCAAAAUAGCUGCCGAUGUGGGUCUGGAUGCCUCCUCGCUGAUGCAGGGUGAGCUGGACGCGCUGGGUCAGCGCUUGGCCGAGUGCAAGGAUGCCAUCACGACGCUGGCGAAUGUGGCCGAGACGCAGGACAAGGAGCGCAAGGAGCUCGACAAGGAGGUGACACAGGCCAAGGUUUACUUCAACAAUGUGCAGCAGGACAUAACGCGUGGCGAGCCAAAGACGCCCAAGGAGAGCGAGGAGCAGUUGGCAGCCUUGCGUGCCCAUCUGCAGACGUUGGCACGCACCGAGGAGCAGCUGCGUCAGCUGCGCGAGCGCCAGGAGAACAACAAUGAGCUGGCGAGCCCCGUGGCCGCUGCCGUGGCCGACGACAGCAUCCUGGAGGUGCUGGCCAUGUGGCAGAAGAUAUUCCAGGAUACGUUCCAGGAGUACCAUCGCCUGUCCACGCGCCUGGCCCGCACACAGAACAGCUCGGAGGCACUGCGCCUGUGGCGCCAGUACCUGCAGCACGUGCAGUCCUUCCUGGCCUGCGCCAUACCCGAGGACUACAGCAGCCUGCGCGAGCAGCAGCAGCUGUGUGCCAUACACCAGAAUCUGCUCAUCUCACAGCAGAGCGUCUUGGCUGAGACGCCACUCGAAUCGGAGCUAUCGGAGCAGUACAAGGCGCUGACCAAUCUGCACAACGAGACGCUCUCGCGCAUAAUGCAGCGCAACGACGAGCUCGAGCGUCGGGUGAGCGGCUGGAACGCGUAUCGCCAGCAGCUGGCAGCGCUAUUGGAUUGGCUGCGGCAGCGCGAGGCGGAGCGCAAUGCUCUGCAGCUGCGCUACAUUCACUUGAAGCGCGUGCCGCACCUGAAGGCGCGACUCGAUGCUUUGCUGCUGCAGCUGGCGCGCGGCGAACAGCAGAGCGCAGCGCUGAAGGCGCAACAGCAGCAGCUGCUGAAGUACUGCGACGACGCGCUGGCCACCGCCAUGCGCAUGGAACAGGCGAGCAUCAAUCAGCGCAUUAGCAAUCUGCGCGCCGCACUCGAGACCUGGCAAAACUUCCUCAAGCGCAUCAAGCAGCUCGCGGACUCGUACGAGCAGCGCGUGCAGCAAUUGCAGACGGAGUUCGCCAAGGCGCAGCAGCUGCUGGACAGCAGCUCUGGCGAUGCACUGCCCACAACACCCGCCGAAAUCGAGCAGCGUCUGGCUGCUCUCCGAGCGCAACGUGUCCAGCUGGGCGCGCAGACGCCCACGCUGGAGAGCCUAACGGUCAGCCAGGAGGAGCUCAAGGAGUGCAUAAGUCCGCACGACAUUAAGGCCAUACGCCAGCGCAGUUUCCUGCUCUCUCAGCAGCACGCCGAUCUCGACUAUCAGCUGGCUGUGCUCAUCAAUGGCAUCGAGGAGCGCCUGUCGCUGCUCUCCAACUACCAAGCGCGCUAUGCACGCAUCUCGCAGUGGCUGCGCGACCUCGAGGAGCGUGUGGAACGAGACGGAGACGUGGCUGCCAUUGCCAAUCCCGAACAGGCAGCCAAACAGCUGGAGCAGCAAAUCAAUGGUGAGCUGCAGCUGCGCGACAAGGAGCGCGAGUGGCUGCUCUCGACGAGUCGAGAGCUGCAGGCGCUCUAUGCAGAUGCCACGCCCCAGGCGCAGCAGGUGCGCACACAGGUGCAGCAGCAGGGCGAUGCGCUGAUCGAUCGUUGGAAUCGACUCAAGUUCAUGUGCAAACAGCGCGCCACAAAGAUUGGCGAGCUGAAGCAGACGCUGCUGCGCCUGGAGGAGCGCAUCGCGCUCAUCCGCACUUGGCUGUUCGAGGUGGAGUCACAGCUGGACAAGCCGCUCAGCUUUGAUAGCUACACGCCCAACGUGAUCAAGGCCAAGCUGAGUGAACACGAGAAAAUCCAGCGCUCGAUUGAGAACCACAGCAGCAAUGUCGGCGAGGUGCUUAACCUGGUCGAAAUGCUGCUCAACGAUGCCGACAGCUGGCGCACCCAGGUGAACACCACGGGCCUGGCCUCCUCCGCCCAGAAUCUGGAGCAGCGCUGGAAGAACGUGUGCAGCCAGUCGGCGCAGCGCAAGGCUCGCAUACUGGACACAUGGAACUCACUGCAGGAGCUCAUCAAGCUGACCACCGAGCAGAAGAGUUGGCUGGCCAAGCAGGAGGCCCAGCUCUUGGUGUUUGAGCGCGAACAGAAAUACGCGAGCAAGCAAAAGCUGGAGGAGCGACAGCAGGCGCUGCGCGACAAGCUGGAGGAGCUCGAGGCGGAGUCCGUUAAUCUGCGCAAGCUGGAGCAGACCUAUGCCCGGCUCACAAUGAGUCCCGGCGUGGAGCCCGAGAACAUACAAAAGCUGACGAUGCCCACCAAGGUGAUGUUGAGCAAGUGGCGUCUGUUGACGCCGCGCUGCCACGCCCAGCUGGACGCCAUUGACAAGGACGCCAAGCUGAUGCGUGACUUCAACACGGCUCAUGGCGAGCUGACCAAGUCGCUGGCGAACAUACAAAAGGCCCUCGAACAGGUGCCCAGCGCUGAGGAUCAGAGCGUUGCCAUGGACCCGAAGGCUGUGCUGCAGCGCUUGGACGGACUGGAGCGUAAGCUGCAGCAGGCCGAGCAGCAAGUGGAGCAGGCCAAUGCCCUCGGCAAGGAGGCCGAAGUACGCUCCAAGCAGCAGCCCUCGCAGCUGAAGCAUCUGAUCAAACUGAUUGCCGAAUAUACAACGCUCUGGCAGACGGUGCAGACGACUCUCACGACGCGGAAGAUGACUUGGCUAGCUCGGGCCAGAGAUGGAGCUGCGGCCGCGGCAGCGGCUGCGUUGCCCGUCAACGAGACGCAUGCCAGUGUCCAAGUGAAUACACUGUCCCAGCGUAAGCUGCGCCAGGCCCAGCUGCAGCGGGAAACGUCCAUUACGGCCAAGGAUGCGUACAUCAUGGAGCUGCAGACGGCGGUGGUCGAGUGCCAGAACAAUCUGGAGGAGCUGCAGCGCACCAUUGUGGACAAGACGCGCAAGCCGGGUCCACAGAAGAUUGCCAAGCUGCUUGGCAAUGCCCAGUCGUCCACGGAGCUGGUCAAGCAUCUCAGUCAUCUGCUGCUAACCGAAUGCCAGGCGGACAACGAAGCUGCCCAAGUGGAAGUCGUGUCAGAGCUGGCGCUGCGCUUCGAGACGCUGCAAUCGCAGUGGAAGGCGCGCCAACAGCACGAUCAAAAUGCAAGGUGCCUGCUACCUGCUGCCUACAAAUACACAUGCAUACACGAGGUCGGCCGGCUAACGUGUCCGCUCUGCACGCAGCGCAAUUGGCAGCAGAUCGACAACGAUCUGUGGCGCUUGGAGCAGUGGCUGCAGUUCGCCGAGAGCACACAGAAGUCGCAAACGAGCCCGCCUUCGAACAUUGAGCUGCUGGAAGAUGUGACGCAGGAUCAUCGCGAGUUCCUGCUGGAUCUGGAGAGUCACAAGUCGAUCAUCUCGUCGCUGAAUGUGGUCGGCGACCAUCUGGCCACGCACACCAUGGACACGGAGAAGGCGCGACAGCUGCGCUCCCGUCUCGAAGCGGACAACGAGCGCUGGAAUAAUGUGUGCAUCAAUGCCACCAAAUGGCAGGGUCUGCUCCAGACGGCGCUGAUGGGCAACAGCGAAUUCCAUCAGACCAUCGAUGAGCUGGUCGACUGGCUGCAGCGUACCGAGAAGACCAUCAAGGCCUCCGAGCCGGUGGAUCUAACGGAGGAGCGCAGCGUGCUCGAGGCCAAGUUCAACAAGUUCAAGGACCUGCGCGCCGAACUGGAGCGCUGUGAGCCGCGUGUUGUCAGCCUGCAGGAUGCAGCCGAUCAGCUGCUGCGCGCCGUCGAGGGCUCCGAGGAGCAGUCCCAGCACACCUACGAAAGAACACUUUCCAGGCUAACCGAUCUCCGCCUGCGUCUGCAAUCCCUGCGUCGUCUCUCCGGCAUCUACAUCGUCAAGCUGGGCGCCGUGCUCGGCUACGAGGGCGACAACCUGGGCGUGCCGCUGCAAUUGUUGUCAAGCGAGCUUUUGGAUAAUACUACAUUAUCAACCUCUUCUAUGCAGGCCGCCGCACCCAACACAGAAAAUGCAAAUCGCAGCGAUGGCGAUGCUGCCGAUGGCGAUGUCAUCAAUACCACGGUUCUGGCUCGAGGUGCACGAUUCCUCGGGCGCGUUGCACGUGCCUCGCUGCCCAUACAGGCGCUCAUGCUGCUGCUUUUAGGUGUGGCAACACUGGUGCCCCACGGUGAGGACUAUACCUGCAUGUUCUCCAACACCUUCGCCCGGAGUCUGGAGCCCAUGCUCUCCUAUCCGCAUGGCCCGCCGCCAACGUAAACAGUUCUUGUUGUUGUCAUUGGAUUAGUGCAAUAAAUUCAGGGCCAAAACACGUCCCGCCCCACACUCCCAAAUAUAAUUAGAUCAUAGAAUCCCACUACCCCCAAUCCCACCCCAUCCCCCACAACAAUACGAAUAUGCCUUUACACAUUGAAAAGAGAAAAAACAGACAACAAAAAAAAACAA